AUGUAUGAUGCCGAUCUUGGAAGAAACCAGUCUUUCGACGAAUUCUGUCGAGGCUUUUGUAUGGCCAAUGAGCCAGUGCGGCAAUACUUUGUUAGUAUAGAUAUUCCUACAUUUUUAUUACCUAUAUUCAAAAUCAGCAUUGGAAGCUUUUUCCAGAAUGGAAUGCGUAUUCUAGCAGCUAAUACAAGUUUCGAGCUUGAUAAUCGGAUAGAUCUUGCCUAUCCAACAUCUGAGAUGUUCUACAAAGCUUUCAGUCUUCUUCCAAAUUUCUUCGGUAUUGAACUAGAGGAAGAUGGAAGGACGUUGAAGUCCGUUGGCUUGAUAGCGCUAAUUUUUCGAGCUGAAAAACAUCGGUCGUGGACGACUACGAUGGUGAAGGAAUGGGAGCUCCAAGUUCAAACAUACUUUGAGAAGUUGGUUUCAAAUCUUAAAAUUUUUGCUUUUGAUAGGAGGCUUUAUUUUCACGCUAUAUUCUUCUAUGGUUUUAGAUCUUCUUGUUUCUUUUUCAAGUUACAAAGUUUUUUGCUACCGUACUUCCAUUCUAAUUGACU